AUGGAGGAGCUGGUGGGGCUUCGUGAGGGCUCCUCGGGGAGCCCUGUGACUCUCCAGGAGCUCUGGGGUCCAUGUCCCCGCGUCCGCCGAGGCAUCCGAGGUGGCCUGGGCUGGCUGAAGCGGAAGCUGUUCCGCGUGGGUGAGGACUGGUACUUCCUGACGGUCCUCGGGGUACUCAUGGCCUUGAUCAGCUUCACCAUGAGCUUCACCAUCAGGCGUGUGGUCCGAGCACACCAGUGGCUGUACCGGGAGAUCGGGGACAGCCACCUCCUCCGGUACCUCUCCUGGACUGUGUACCCCGUGGCCCUGGUCUCCUUUUCCUCAGGCUUCUCUCAGAGCAUCACGCCCUUCUCGGGAGGUUCUGGAAUUCCGGAGCUGAAGACCAUCCUGUCAGGCGUGGUCUUGGAGGACUACCUGGACAUCAAGAACUUCGGGGCUAAGGUGGUGGGCCUCACCUGUAUCCUGGCCAGCGGCAGCACCAUCUUCCUGGGCAAAGUGGGCCCCUUCGUGCACCUGUCCGUGAUGAUUGGCGCCUUCCUGGGCCGCAUGCGCACCAAGGCCACUGGGGAGUCCGAGAACAGGAGCAAGCGAAACGAAAUGCUGGUGGCCGCGGCGGCGGUGGGCGUGGCCACGGUGUUCGCAGCGCCCUUCAGCGGCGUCCUGUUCAGCAUCGAGGUCGUGUCCUCUCACUUCUCGGUCUGGGAUUACUGGAGGGGCUUCUUCGCGGCCACCUGCGGGGCCUUCAUGUUCCGCCUGCUGGCGGUCUUCAACAGCGAGCAGGAGACCAUCACCUCCCUCUACAAGACCAGUUUCCGGGUGGACAUCCCCUUCGACCUGCCAGAGAUCUUCUUUUUCGUGGCGCUGGGGGCCAUCUGUGGCGUGGCGAGCUGUGCUUACCUCUUCUGCCAGCGAAAGUUUCUCGGCUUUGUCAAGACAAAUCCAGUCCUCUCCAAACUGAUGGCCACCAGCAAGCCUCUGUAUUCAGCACUGGCGGCUUUGGUCCUCGCCUCCAUCACCUACCCCCCUGGCGCGGGCCGCUUCAUGGCUUCUCGGCUGUCCAUGAGGGAGUAUGUGGACUCCCUGCUUGACAAUAACUCGUGGGCGCUGCUGAGCCGGAACAUGUCCCCACCCUGGCCCGUGGAGCCCGACCACCAGAACCUAUGGUUCGAAUGGUACCACCCACAGUUCACCAUCUUCGGGACCCUCGCUUUCUUCCUCGUUAUGAAGUUCUGGAUGCUGAUUCUGGCCACCACAAUGCCCAUACCUGCUGGGUACUUCAUGCCCAUAUUUAUCUAUGGAGCUGCCAUGGGGCGCCUCAUAGGAGAAGCACUUUCUGUGGCCUUCCCCGAGGGCAUCAUGGCCAGAGGGGUCACCAACCCCAUCAUGCCUGGGGGGUACGCGCUGGCAGGGGCUGCAGCGUUCUCAGGGGCCGUGACGCACAGCAUCUCCACUGCGCUGCUGGCCUUCGAGAUGACGGGUCAGAUCGUGCACGCACUGCCUGUGCUAAUGGCGGUGCUGGCGGCCAACGCCAUCGCGCAGAGCUGCCAGCCCUCCUUCUACGACGGCACCAUCAUUGUCAAGAAGCUGCCAUACCUUCCGUGGAUCCGGUGCCGAAAAAUCAGCUCUCACCGGGUGUGUGUGGAGCACUUCAUGAACCGAGCCAUCACCACACUGGCCAAGGACACGUCACAGGAGGAGGUGGUCAAGGUGGUGACCUCCACAGACAUGGCUGAGUAUCCCCUGGUGGCCAGCACAGAGUCCCAGACCCUGGUGGGCACCAUCCAAAGGGCACAGCUGGUGCAGGCCCUCCAAGCUGAGCCACCCGCCUGGGCUCCAGGACAGCGGUGCUGCCUCCAGGACAUCUUGGCUGGGGGGUGCCCCGUGGAGCCAGUAACCCUGAAGCUGUCUCCGGAGACCUCCCUGCACCAGGCACACAGCCUCUUCGAGCUGUUGAAUCUUCAGUCCCUCUUCGUGACGUCUCAGGGCAGAGCUGUGGGCUUCGUUUCUUGGGUGGAGUUGGAGAAAGCAAUUUCCAACCUGACAAACCCUCCAGCCCCAAAGUGA